AUGCCGGUGCAAACUAAACCGGAAUCGGCGGUUACCUGCUGCGACCACACACAGAGCCCAAGGUCCGGUCCAACGCAAGAGCAGAGGUCGGCAAAUGUCCAAGCAUGCUCCAACAUACAACCCUCAGCAGAAACAUUGCUCCAACAUUCUAGUCUUACCUGCCGUACCUCCCAGACCGACGCUUGGUGGGUGAGAGACCUGGGCUGACUGCCUGCAGCUGCGGAGAUAAAACUGGGGAUUAGCACGUCUACUACGAUCCAUAUUCUGCACGGGACGGUUAACUGGAGGAGACGCAAGUUAAUUACAGGGGGUCUACUACUCUGACACUCACCUGGCAUGAAGUUACUGAGGCUGCUUUCGGGCUGUCGUCCCUCCGGAUUCCUCAUUGGAAUGGGUCUCAGGAUGCAGCUCACAUAAUAUUGUUAUCAUGCUACCUAAUAACCAAGCGAAGUGAAAUGUUGGUCUACUCAGAAAUAAUAAUUUACUCACCCAAUAAGCGUCUGUUACACUGUUAUAUAACAUAACCAGUGGGUAAGCCUGAAUAGCCUCUUACAUGCACGCUAUGAUUUGCACCAGACUACUGUCUACUCUCAUAACAUAUACAAGAAUGUGCACAGUUUAUCCAUGCCAUAUGAUUGUUUAUACAUGCUUAUGAAAACCCUGGCAUUAGCUGUUGUGGCAUUGCUGGCGUAAAUGUAUCUUGUUUAACCCAUGCACGACAAAAUAAAGAAUUAUAAAUCAUUUGAAAAGCUUUCCAGAAACAUUAAAUGAAGGCCUCAUUCAUCAGUUUUAUCAAUGCUCAUUGCUACAAAUAACUUUAAAUUUGUGAUUGUAUUAUUAUAUUGUUCAGUAAUACUUUCUUUUCUCUUUGUAAACUCUAGACCAAUCAUCUCUGAAAUUCUUUAAGCAGAUGGGAAGAAAUACAAGGCUGCUGUAGAUUGGUCGAACUAUGGUUUCAUCCUAUGUUAGAGGAUAAAGAAAACACUUCAGAAAGAUCCAACUGCUGCCCAAGCUACGCUUCAUGACACCGCAAACCAACCUGAGUGUCAGAGAAAUCAUGUCAAAAUCUCAUGUCAAAAAGGUGUGUAUGAUCUGGCAGUCUAGAUUGAAGCAUUACUUUAAGCAACCUGACCCUUCAGUGAUUUAAUGUGAUCAUUGAUUAUGUAUGUGCAGUGUUCCUCUUAAUAGUGCUGCACACACAGAGAUACUGCACUUUGUUUUCGGAGGUGUCACAAGUCCUCAUUUAGGCACACCUCUGGGACGUCCAUCCCACUGCAGUGUGGAGGAAUGACAUCCGUGAAGAUGGAUCAGGCUGCAAGCAUGUGAUGGCAGUUGAGUUGUUGUUUGUUCAGCAAAAAGGAGAUCAUUCUAUGUAAAAGUAACUUUUUGCUUAUCUAAAAAUAGGAAUUUUAUAUAGAGUAAAUUAGUAACCCAUAAUGUCCAUAAGUAACAAGAUAGUAAUUCAGUGAGAUGUAUUGUAUUGGAUUCAUAGUUUUUAGGGUAAUGCAAAUAUUGUUAUGCUAAUAUGUUGUUGUUUGCAUGUUCAGGCAGACUUUAGACAGUGAAAUUAUUCUGUUUUUUGAAAACUGAGUCAUUUAUAGGAUAGAAUAAAGCAUAGAGUAACACUGAAAAAAUAUAUUGUUAAGAAAAUGGUAUUGCAAUUGGUAUGUAUUGACCAACAGACUUUCACAUUCAUUUUGGGCUUAUGGAAAUGUAGAAAUGUUUGUCCUUAUUUGCAUAUUCGAAAAACAAUUUAGAGAUACAAUAUUAAAAAAAAAAUUUUGGGGUGUAUCCAGUCAUUCAGAGAACUGGAAAAAACAUUGAAUGAUUGCUCCGUCCUACAUCUACUGGGCUGCAGGAUUUAAAAGCAAAUAGUUAAAACAGUGACUUGGCAAAUGGUCCCCCUUCUGCGUUCCAGUGAGAAAUCAGGGGCAUAUCAAAAUGUCUCCCUGAGCCAGUGGUGUAUCCUGGUUUUGUGUUGCCCUAGGCAGGACAAAACUCAGGCACCCCCCCGCCCUGCCUUCUAAAUACACACACACACAUUCACUGACAGAUACGCAUACACUCGCUAACAGAAACACACACACACACACUAACAGACACACUCACACUCACCAACAGACACACACUCACUGACACACACACUCACAGGCAAACACACUCACACUAACAGACACACUAACAGACACACACACACACACACACACACUAACAGACACACACUCACUAGCAGACACACACACUCACUGACACACAGUCAGACACACACAUACACGCUAACAGACAAACACAGUCAGACACACACACUAGCAGACACACACACACACUCACACAGUCAGACACACACACACUCUCUCACUGACACACACUCUCACAGGCAAACACACUCACACUAACAGACACACACACAGUCAGACACACACACUAACAGACACACACACACACUAACACACACACUCACUAGCAGACACACACACACUCACUGACACACAGACACACACAGUCAGACACACACACUAACAGACACACACUCACUCACUAGCAGACACACACUCACACAGUCAGACACACACACUAACAAACACACAUUAACAGACACACUCACAGACAUAUACACACUCACUCACAUUAACACAUAUUUUUUUUUUACCCCCCCCCCAACCUCCUUACCUUUGGGAAUGCUGGUGGGGGGGGGUCCCUCUCUCCCUGGGGUCCAGUGGCUGCUGGGCGGGUGGGUGGCUGGCGAGGGAGCACUUCCCCUGAGCGGUCUGCUCAGCUCCCUUUUUCGCCUCAGAGUGAGGCUGGGAGCCGGAAUAUGACGUCAUCGACCCGGCUCCCAGCCUCACUCUGCGGCGAGCGAGGGAGCUGAGCAGACCACUCAGAGGAAGAGCUCCCUCACCAGCCGCCCGCUGGACCAUCAGCCAGCGCCGCCCAGCAUGUCAGUUAGCCGCAAGGCUAACUAGGCAUUUGCCCUGGGCAUUUGGGGGCGGCGGUUUUUGCCGCCCCCUGGAAAAUGCCGCCCAAGGCAAAUGCCUUGUUUGCCUCGCGGUUAAAACGCCCCUGCCCUGAGUCACUCAUACGCAGUGGAUGAGUGGGUUAAAAAAUCAGAGCAGGUGGACUUGCUCCCCUCCCAUUCCCUAUGUGUCAUGGAUGAAGAAUAAAGGGUCACACUAAGCACUAUAACAACUUUAAAGUAUUGUUCAGUUUAGAGUACCCUGAAGCCACUCUCAGAGAGUAGCUUAUAACUAAAGUGAUUUGUAAAAAUUGCUGCAGCUACAAGACAAGCCUCCAAAAAAUCUUGACCAAUCUAUUGACCAAGUUUGACUGAUCUCUCUCUCCUCCCCAUAGAGACAACCAAGCUGGGCAACCAAUCACUGCACAUAACCCGAUUCACAAAACAUGCUUUGUGA